AUGGAAUCCACGUGUAUUCCUUCCAUGGCACUACAUACCCGUAUCGCAAAAGAUCCUCGAGUUUGGCGGUCAUGUCUAAAGUUACAACUCGAGAGAUACAUUAAUUAUGGCGGCCGAGUGAACGAGUCUUUAAUGCUUCAAGCUUCAUUGAUCAUGGACAUCCGGCGACCGGUCAUUCGUGGUGAACAAGCACUACUACGAAGGCUGAGUUCAUCGUGCACGUACAGUAUUUCUCAUCUCAAGUGUAUCAUCUUGUCUCGAGUUCAAUCUCGUGCGCUCUGGUCAGUGAAUCAACCUAGACCGAAGAAAUCGCCCUGGCAGUUUUGA